CUCUCCUCUCUUCUGUCUCCCCCUCAGUGACGGCGGUCUGCGGUUCGGUGAGAUGGAGAGAGAUUGUCAGAUCGCUCACGGCGCGGCUCAGUUCCUCAAAGAGCGUCUGUUCGAGGCGUCUGAUCCGUAUCAGGUGCACGUCUGUAACCUGUGUGGACUGAUGGCCAUUGCCAACACACGCACACACACCUACGAAUGCAGAGGCUGCCGCAACAAAACCCAGAUCUCGCUGGUGCGCAUGCCGUACGCCUGUAAGCUUCUCUUCCAGGAGUUGAUGUCGAUGAGCAUUGCGCCUCGUAUGAUGACGUCAUAGUGGCUCGGCCAAUCAGACGCCUCCGUGCAGACUUUACCUUUGAGGUCAGCAGGAAGUGUGCUCGUUAUGUUUUUACAGUUUCCUGUCUUUUGUUAGAAAAUAAAGCUGAUGAAGUUUCUGA